AUGACGUACAUUUGUACUCUGCUGCUAGAUCAGACCUCCGCGGUUCGACCAUUCGGUUCUAGAUCAAGAUCAGGAACAAGAUCUCCAACUCGUCCAUCUUACGGUCGUUCAGGAUCUGCAGGACAUCGUGCGUCAAGUAAUCAUGUCACGCAUUAUAAUCCAGCCAACUCUCUCUUUUCACCACAAAGAGCACGAUCACCAUCACCAGGACCAUCAACAUCAUCAGCUGGAUCCGCAAGACCAUCUCAUCUUCCACUAUCCCAUUCAUCAUCAUCAUCAUCUGGAUACGGUUCAUCAUAUUCACCGAAUUCACCCUAUCAACCUUCAUCUUCCGGAGCUUCAUCUAGUUCAAGUCCAAUUAAUCCAUUCGCAAGGAUGCAAAAUUUCGGUAAUCCAAGACAUACUUCACCACCCGGAGGAUCUGGUCAUCAACACCAGCCACUACCUGGAGGAUCUGGUCAUCAGCACCAGCCACUACCUGGAGGAUCUGGUCAUCAACACCAGUCACCACCUGGAGGAUCUAAUAGUGGACAUAAUUCACGUUCUGGUUCUCCCCCAAGAUCGCCACCUACUCCACCUCCACCGCCACCUCCCGCACCCGUCCCACCAAGUUUCGCCCCUCAAAGCUUUGAUCCACGAACUAGAUAUGACAUGCGGCAGCUUCUUCAGAAUGAUGCUGUAGCAAUCCCAACAAAUCCUGUUUCAGGAGUUGUUAGAAGAAGACACGUACCUGAUUUCCAUACUUCGAAUGAUCUUACGCAGCUGCCAGUUCAGCCAGGUGCUAUUAAAGCUUUCGUUACUGCACAUAAAAAAGCUAUUUCAUCAAACAGGAAUCUCACGCCCAAUGAGAGGAGACAGAAACUACAGCAACUUAGAGAUCUACAACUAAAAAUGACUACUCCUCGGCCUUCUGCUCAGCCUAAUAAUAAUCAAAAUCCUGCUGGUGGUCAUAACCCAGGAGCUGCAGGUCCCAGUGGUCAUAACCCAGGAGCUGCAGGCCCCAGUGGUCAUAACCCAGGAGCUGCAGGACCCAGUGGUCAUAAUCCAGGAGUUGCAGGUCCCAGUGGUCAUAAUCCAGGAGUUGCAGGACCCAGUGGUCAUAACCCAGGAGCUGCAGGUCCUAAUGGUCAACAUCCAACUCCUGGUGUACCACCGACCCGUAGAACGCUCGAUGAUGUUACACCGAAACAGCAGAAAAAAAUAAAAUGUGGUCGGCCGGGAUCAACAACUGAAAGUUGUUUUGAUUAUUAUGCAUUUUCUAUGUUUUGGGCACCUACGAUGAUUCGUUCAACACACGCAAGAAGAGCAACACCUGUGCCGAGAGAAGAUAAAUGGACAAUUCAUGGAUUAUGGCCAAACAGGAAAGGUUUGCUGACAGCUCCGCCCAAAGCGUGUGAUGUCAAGAAUAUGCCUUUUGAUGCUAGCAAAUUGAGUGGGAUAAGACACACGUUAGAUAACAUUUGGUUCACGGCAUCAUCGGACAAUGAACAUUUCUGGCAACAUGAAUGGGACAAACAUGGCAAGUGUGCAGCACGUUCGAUAUUUAUUAACGACAUUGAGGGUUACUUCAGAAAGGGAAUUAGUUUGGGGAAUACACAUAGAUUUGGUGAUAUUUUGGAGGUAGCAGGUUUUCGUCCUGGAUCUACAAUGACGUUUCAACAGAUAUAUGAUACUAUUUCUCUCCAUUAUGGUACGCCAGAAAUUGCAACUUGGAAAGACGUGACAACUGACUUAACAUAUUUGAGAGAAAUAAGAGUAUGUUUAAACCAUCGGUUCCAUCAAAUGAAUUGUCCAGUGACGCCUCCACAUCCCGACGUUAUGGCUCAAGAAAUUACUUAUUUGUCAAUUGCUUCAGUCCCUUAA